CUAGUUGAAGCAUGACGACAUUAUAGAGAAGACCUGGAUGGUCCCACACCUUUUUUUAUGCAUUGAUCUUCGGAGAAAAAAAAAAACUUUAAGCUUUCACAUUUACAAUUUUAUAAUGCCAUUUUAGUUUUCUCGUGUGGAUUCUUUGACAAACGAAAGUCCACUUCUUACACACAAACAAAUUCUCCGGACAUCGCAUUUGUCUAAUUUUUCUCUCCAAAAAAAAAACACAAGAGAGAGAAAGAAAGACAAGUCACAAGAACCCAAAAGAUAUCAUCUUUCCAAAAAUUUGAUGUUUCCUUUUUAACCCUUUUUUUACUUUCAUUUCUUUUGAGGUCAGUAUUUUUCUGUCUUCUUCCAUCUUCUUUAUCUCUGUUGAGCGAUUUACAUUUGGAAUUUUAUCACUUUCUUUCUUUUGAUGAUGUGUUGGAUGCAUUCGACGAUGUCCUUGGUUUCGGGUAGAAUUUAUUUAAUGUUAUUGUAGCGGUGAUUUUUGGCUUUUCAGGAUUGAGAGACUAUGGGUUCACGGGUUUAUUGCAGACAAUAUGUUCGUUGAAAUGUCUCACUGUAGUCCCAUCUCCUAUCUUAUGACUGCUGAGAGAACUAAAAGUAUGAAUAAGUUGAUGAUUAAGUAAGAUAAGAAGAUAGUUUCGUGCCAAUGGGGCCAUGUGAUUCAAGAACUGUGGAGAAGUUAGAGGGACGGUCAACAACUCUGACUUGCUUCCCAACAAGCUGAAGAAAUCUCUAAACUCAUCAAAUUAAUAUUCCUUUUUUUCUACUUUUUGUAGACACUUUUAUAUUCUUUUCUUCCUUAUUAUCAUCUAUCUUUAGUUGUUAAAACUCAAUUAAUAUUGAAUAGACCAUCAGCUAAUCUAUAAAAACAGGGUAUUAUUUUUAAUACCCAUGAAUAUAGUAUAUAGUUUAGUUUAAUUAAUUUCUAACUAGUUUGGUCACCAUAAGCACCACAGUAACUUUUUAUUUUAAAGGCAAAAACACUUUUGUCACUUUGUCUAUUUUGAUUUUGACCAUCUAUGUAGAUUUCUAGCUCUCUCUCUCUUUUUUUGGCCGAUUUGGUUGAGAAUUUGACGACGACUCGUGGGGUCGUGUACACACAUUGGUGACUGGUCUUUUGACACGAGUCGCCUCUCUUUUUCUCACUACCAUUUCCAUGAAAACAUGAGCCAUAGCUAACUUUUUUUUCUUCAAUUGAACCCACCACGCUUCUUUUGUCACUUUUUAAUGUUAAAAGCUUCCUCCUUUAUUGCUAAAAAGAUUGAAGAUUCGCAAGUUUAUAGUUUCCGUUGGCCUCUCACAGCAGCAGCUCUGCUUUUUGGAUUGGUGACACUAAUUGUUGCUACAAUCUCUUCAAGCAUCUACUGUAUCUCUUUUGCUAAGGAGAAAAUAGUCAGCUCCUUUUGUGGACAAAUGGGAUUUGGAGUAGGUGGUGGAAUGUUGGAUUUGAGAAUUGUCCAAAAUCACAAGCGUUCAAAGAGUGCCAGCUUUCCAGAAAAGAAAAGAGUUGAGGGAGAUAAAACCUCAAACAGUUCUCAUGAAGCCUCUCAACGAAUGAAGCUGGACAUGGGGCGUUCAAAUGAAUCAAAGCGUAAUCAAUAUAAUUCAAACACCGAAACUUCAUUGAAGCAAGAGAUUACGCAGCUCGAGACAAGAUUAGAAGAUCAGUUUAAGAUUCGUUGUGCAUUAGAGAAAGCGUUAAGUUAUCGAACAGCCUCUUCUUACGUACUGACUGAAACAAACCACAUUGCCAUGCCUAAGACAGCUACUGAUUUAAUCAAAGAUGUUGCGGUGUUGGAGAUGGAAGUUAUACAUUUGGAACAGUAUCUUCUUUCGUUAUAUAGAAAAGCCUUUGAGCAGCAAAUCUCUUCUGUAUCUCCAAAUUCAGAGAGCAAGAAGCCCAAAUCUCCUCCUGUUACAACCCCUAGAAGGCGGCUAGAUUUUUCUGAAGAUGAUGAUACCCCCUCGAAAACAAAUCAACACACAGAUCCUCUGCUUGAUGAUAAUCAAAAUCAAUCAAAGAAAACAGAGAUUCCUGCGGUUGACCAAGACCAGAUGGACCCCAAUUUUCGUCGUAGCCACUCUCAACGUUCGGCAUUUGAGAGUAGAAAAGCUUCUCCAGAAGAUUCUUGGAGUAAAGCCAUCCGCUCUUGUCACUCCCAACCGCUGUAUGUGCAGAAUGGAGAAAUUCUAAUCAGUCUAGCUGAACAUCUUGGCACCCGAAUCUCGGAUCAUGUUCCAGAAACACCCAACAAGUUAUCUGAAGGAAUGGUCAAGUGUAUGUCAGAAAUAUACUGCAAGCUUGCAGAGCCACCUACUGUACUACAUCGCGGGCUUUCGUCUCCAAACUCAUCUUUAUCAUCGAGUGCAUUUUCGCCCUCUGACCAAUACGAUACAUCGAGCCCUGGAUUCGGAAACAACUCCUUUUUUGAUGUUCAGUUAGACAACUCUUUCCAUGUAGAAGGAGAAAAAAACUUCAGUGGACCUUACAGCAGCAUUGUUGAAGUGCUUUGCAUUUACAGAGACGCCAAAAAAGCCAGUGAGGUCGAAGAUCUUCUGCAAAACUUCAAGUCACUAAUUAGUAGAUUGGAGGAAGUCGAUCCAAGGAAGUUGAAACAUGAAGAGAAGCUAGCGUUUUGGAUAAAUGUGCACAAUGCACUUGUGAUGCAUGCUUUUUUAGCUUAUGGGAUUCCACAGAACAAUGUGAAGAGAGUCUUACUGCUACUCAAGGCUGCAUAUAAUGUUGGUGGAUACACAGUUAGCGCGGAAGCUAUACAAAGUUCGAUUCUUGGAUGCAAAAUGUCUCAUCCUGGACAGUGGCUUAGACUACUAUUUGCUUCGAGAAAAUUCAAAGCAGGAGAUGGAAGAUUAGCUUACGCAAUCGAUCAUCCUGAGCCUCUCCUACACUUUGCACUUACUUCAGGCAGCCACUCCGAUCCCGCGGUUCGUGUAUAUACACCAAAAAGAAUCCAGCAAGAGCUUGAAACGUCGAAAGAAGAAUACAUAAGAAUGAACUUAAGCAUACACAAGCAGAGAAUCCUAUUGCCAAAGCUUGUGGAAACGUUUUCAAAAGACUCAGGUUUAUGUCCUACGGGUUUAACAGAGAUGGUUAACCGGAGUAUACCGGAAUCUUCAAGGAAAUGUCUAAAGAGAUGUCAAUCUAGUAGUAAACCACGCAAGCCUAUUGAUUGGAUCCCUCACAGCUUUACAUUUAGAUAUCUUAUUCUUAGAGAAGCUGCCAAAUGAAAUUAUUCAAGGAUUCAUAUAUAUAUAUAUAAGAGAGUGAGAGUGUGUGUGUAUAUAUAAGAUAUCGCUGUCCAUGUCCCCACUUUCUGAUUAUGAUAAUGUUGUUUCUGUCUCUCUGA